AGGGAAUCGGAGGAGUGAAACGAAGUGGAGAAACAUGGAAACUUCCCAGACACACAGCUCUGAAAGCAUGUCCAAGGACCUGUCAGAGCUCAUGAAGGAAGCCACCAAGGAAGUGCACGAGCAGGCGGAGAACACGCCGUUCAUGAAGAACUUCCAGAAGGGGCAGGUGUCACUCCAUGAGUUUAAGUUGGUUACAGCAUCCCUGUACUUCAUCUACUCUGCUCUGGAAGAAGAGAUCGAACGUAACAAGAACAACCCGGUUUAUGCCCCUGUGUAUUUUCCGGCGGAGCUGCACCGAAAAGCUGCCCUGGAGAAAGACUUGGAGUACUUCUACGGCAGCAACUGGAGGAGAGAGAUCCCAUGUCCUGAGGCUACUCAGAAAUACGUUGAGAGGCUCCACAAUGUAGGCAAGAACUACCCAGAGCUCCUGGUGGCCCAUGCCUACACUCGGUAUCUGGGAGACCUGUCUGGGGGGCAGGUGCUGAAGAAAAUUGCCCAAAAGGCCCUCCAGCUGCCCAGCACUGGAGAAGGGCUGGCUUUCUUCACAUUUGAUGGAGUCUCCAAUGCCACCAAGUUCAAGCAGCUCUAUCGCUCCCGCAUGAAUGCCCUCGAGAUGGAUCUUGCCACUAAGAAAAGAGUCUUGGAGGAGGCCAAGAAAGCAUUCGUGCUAAAUAUACAGGUGUUUGAGGCGCUGCAGGAGCUGGUGUCUGAGGGCCAGGAGAACAGUCACCCCGUGCAGUCGAAGGCAGAGCUUCGUGCAAGGAACAUUAACAAAUCAUAUGAGCACGGUCCUGGGAAAGAAAGUGAGAGGACUAACAGGAGACACACAGACACGAUGCUCGCCGCUCCCCUGGUGCGGUGGAUCCUGGCACUCAGCUUCCUAGCCACGACAGUCGCCGUGGGCUUAUUUGCCAUGUGAAGAAGCAGGAUCUUCACCUUCUCUUUGUGCCUUCCCUCACCCUGAACUAAUCCACUUUCCCCAGUCUUUCUGAGACAAAUUCCCCCCGACUGGGUACUGUGAUCUUGGCUCUGCCACUAAUAUUAGGAGAAUUUUCUCCCCAGAAAUCAAAGAUAGUGCUGCAAGGGGGUUUGGGCAAAGUCUCUCCCGUGCUUGGUGCGAGCUCUUCUCAGAGACUAACUUUAUCACCAAAAAUGAAGAGUAGAAAAGGCUAAAAACAAUGGCCAAGAAUUGUCGUUGCUUUACAGAGUGCCUGCAAAAAUCCUACAGGAUCAGAAAUGUAGCUUUGACAUCUGCCUCUCCUCAGAAAUACAAAGCUUCCUGGAGCCCUGUUUGCUCAAUUUUUUUUAUACUGCUAGAUAAUACUGUGAUCACUUUUUCUGUGGAGCCACACGGCUCCUGUGGGUUUUAGACUGUUUUGUAUGACACUAGUAGGUCUUUGUUAAUUCUUUUUCCAAUAAUUUUUGGUUUUUUUAAAAAGCAGAAGACGGUUGUUGAAGAUACAUGUCAUUCUCUUGUCUGGUUACAUAAUUUAUACACAUAAUAAACUUCAACGUAAAGUC